AUGAAACAGUUACCUGCAGCAACGGUUCGCCUCCUUUCCAGUUCCCAGGUCAUCACGUCAGUAGUCAGUGUUGUGAAAGAGCUUGUUGAAAACUCCUUGGAUGCAGGGGCCACAAGCAUAGAUGUUAAACUGGAGAAUUAUGGAUUUGAUAAAAUUGAAGUGAGAGACAAUGGUGACGGUAUCAAGGCCUCUGAUGCACCUGUAAUGGCAAUGAAGUCCUACACCUCAAAAAUAAACAGCCACGAAGAUCUUGAAAAUUUGACAACUUAUGGUUUUCGUGGUGAAGCCUUGGGAUCAAUUUGUUGUGUAGCUGAGGUUUUAAUUACAACCAGGACAGCUGCUGAUAAUUUUAGCACCCAGUAUGUGUUAGAUGGCAGUGGCCACAUAAUUUCUCAAAAACCUUCACAUCUUGGUCAAGGUACAACUGUAACUGCUUUAAGGUUGUUUAAGAACCUGCCUGUAAGAAAGCAAUUUUACUCAACUACUAAAAAAUGUAAAGAUGAAAUAAAAAAAGUUCUAGAUCUCCUCAUAAGCUAUGGAAUACUUAAACCUGACUUAAGGAUUCUUUUUAUACAUAACAAGGCAGUUGUUUGGCAGAAAACGAGAGUAUCAGAUCACAAGAUGGCCCUCAUGUCUGUCCUGGGGACUGCUGUCAUGGGCAGCAUGGAGCCCGUUCAGUACCACUGCGAGGAAGCUCAGAUUUAUCUAAGUGGAUUUCUUCCAAAGCAUGAUGCAGACCACUCUUCCACAAGUCUUUCAACCCCAGAAAGGAGUUUCAUCUUUAUAAACAGUCGACCAAUACACCAAAAAGACAUAUUAAAGCUAAUCCGACGUUAUUACAAUCUGAAGUGCCUAAAGGAAUCUACUCGUUUGUAUCCCAUUUUCUUUCUGAAAAUUGAUGUUCCUACAGCUAACGUGGAUGUAAAUUUAACACCAGAUAAAAGUCAAGUAUUAUUACAGAACAAGGAAUCUGUUUUAAUUGCUCUUGAAAACCUGUUGACAACUUGUUACGGAUCACUACCUAGUACAAAUUCUUAUGAAAAUAAUAAAACAGAUGUUUCUUCAGCUGACAUGGUUGUUAGUAAAAAAGCAGAAACAGAUGUGCUUUUUAAUAAGGCGGGAUCAUCUGGAAGUAAUUGUCCAAAUGUUGAUACUUCGAGCAUUUCUUUUCAAAAUGAUGAACCUGGAGAAAACAACGGUUUAAAUCAUGUACACGUUUGUGACCAUUAUAAUGACCAUUUUAUUAGUGAAAAUUCUAACAUUGAUAACACUGAAAAUACGUUUCUGGAGAUCCCAAUGGGUAAUUUAUCAAGUGAGGACACCCAGAAGGAAUAUACUGAAACUGGUUUUGUAGGUUCUGUUACGCACACCCAAUCAGAAAAUGGCACUGUAGGUGGGAGUGGGGAAAAUGAGAAAGAAGCAGUUCCUGUGGAGUCUUUGGAAAUUUGUGCAGAUAACUGGAGCAGGGGAAAUGCACUCAAAAAUUCCCUGGGAGAAAACAUUGAACCUGUGAAGAUUUUAGUGCCUCAAGAAAGCUCAGCAUGUCAAGUAAGGGAGAAAAAUAACCCCAGCCCUGAACAAAAGAAUCUCAGUGAAGGCUCCUGUAACAAAAAGUCAAAUGUGGUGGAUAACAAAUCAGGACAGCUUACAGCUUAUGACUUAAUUAGCAGCCGCGUAAUCAAGAAACCCAUGUCAGCAAGUGCCCUUUUUGUUCAAGAUCGUCGUGGUCAGUUUCUCACAGAAAAUUCUAAGACCAGUUUGGAGGAUGCAACAAGACAAAUUGAAGAACUGUGGGAGACACUAAGUGAAGAGGAAAAACUGAAAUAUGAAGAGAGGGCUACUAAAGACUUGGAACGAUACCAUAGGCAAAUCAAGAGAGCCAUUGAACAGGAGCCACAAACCUCACUACAAGAUGGUAGGAAAAAAAUGAAGCCCACAAGCUCAUGGAGUUUGGCACAGAAGCACAAAUUGAAAACGUCAUUAUCUAAUCAGCCAAAACUUGAUGAGCUUUUCCAGUCCCAGAUUGAAAAAAAAAAGAGUCAAACCAUUAAAACAGUUCAAAUUCACUUUUCUAUGGAAAACUUUAAAAAAAAUGUAGAGAAACAUAAGAAAUUUGAACUAGAAGAAAAGGACGAACUUUGCUUAAUCCACAAUCUCAAAUUUCCUGAUGCGUGGCUAAUUACAUCCAAAACAGAGGUAAUGUUGUUAAAUCCAUACAGAGUGGAAGAAGCCCUGCUAUUUAAAAGACUUCUUGAGAAUCAUAAACUUCCUGCAGAACCGUUGGAAAAACCAAUUAUAUUAACAGAGAGUCUUUUUAAUGGAUCUCAUUAUUUAGAGAUUUUAUAUAAAAUGACAGCAGGUGACCAAAGCUACAGUGGAUCAACUUACCUGUCCGAUCCUCGUCUUACAGCAAAUGGUUUCAAGAUAAAAUUGAUACCAGGAGUUUCCAUUGCUGAAAACUACUUAGAAAUAGAGGGAAUGGCUAACUGUCUUCCAUUCUAUGGCGUGAUGGAUUUAAAAGAAAUUCUUAAUGCUAUUGUCAACAAAAAUGCAAAAGAAGUUUAUGAAUGUAGACCUCGCAAAGUGAUAAGUUAUUUAGAGGGAGAAGCGGUGCGUCUGUCUAGACAGUUACCCAUGUACUUACCAAAGGAGGACAUCCAACACAUCAUCCACAGAAUGAAGCAGCAGUUUGGGAAUGAGAUUAAAGGAUCAUAA